GCUUUUCCAGUUUCCACGCAUGCACAGCGGGAGGCUGCUAUUCCGGUUUCCUGCACCUGCCGAAAAGGUGAUUUCUAAAUGGAGAAAGACAAGAGUAAAACGAAACUCCCCUCUACCUCCGAUGGGAUCAAAACCCAGGAGGAAGCCGAUCGCCUGGUUGAGGAAGAGACGACCAUGAGGAAGGAAGUUGAGAUUUUCCUUCAGGAAGAAUUAGAUAAACUCUUGGCCGAAAAAGAACCCAAGGAACGCCCGAGGAAAACAAGCCAGGAAUCCCAGCUUAGUGAGAAACACCGGGCUCAACCCAAGAAGUCCAAAGUUGGUGUGGAGUCACCGACUAGGUUUGAGAAAGCCGGAGUGGAUGAAGACCUCCUGACCUUGCUGGAUGAACCAUGGGACAUCCCCAGGGAGCCAUCCAGGGGUGAUCUGGAAGAUCCCUGGGACAAAUUAUCCUUGUUGGAUGAAUCGAUGCUGGAUCUCAAGUCGCUGGGGAAACAGAAAGCUUCUUCGAUUCAAGAAGAAGUAGAGAAGUCCUCCCUGGAGGAAGAGGAGGAGGAAGGAGAGCGCCAGCCGUUGGCGAAGAAGGAAGACCGACUGGUCGAGAUGUCCACCAAGGGGGGACAGCAUCUCAUGAAGCCCGUCUUCCUAGAUUACCUUGAGGACGAGGAUCGGGUGAAGGAAGGAUCCAAGCAUAGUUUAUGGUCCAUGCGAAGCAGCAUUGGAACAAUUUUUGAGCAGAAACUUCAGCAUUUGCAGAACCUGAAGGGUUCCAUCCAGAAGAGAAACAUAACCUCGCUACCUUUUGGUUAUUUCAGCAAGUCCAAACGCCUCCCCAGCGGUGUGGAUGCUGAAAAAGAAGAGCAACCUUCCGAGGAGUCAGAGCCACGGCAUUGGAUACCACGGUUUCUGAAAAAAUCCAAACCGAAGAGGAUUGCCAGCUUCCGCAGAAAAUCCUUGAAGAAAUCACAGCUGGGAGGAGACCAGGUGACAGAGUUGUCUAAAAUCUUCAGUGAAGAUUUCUUCAAGAGCCAAGAUGGGAGAGGCUCUGAAGAUAUUCCCGAAGAAGAUCUUCCCCCAAGUCCUGAGGAUAUUCCACAGCAAAAUGAAGAGGAGUUGAAACAAAUUCAGGAAGUGACUAAGAAACAGGAGGACGUUCCUAGUAGUUUAUUGUGGCCCAUGGGAAAGCGGACCAGUCAUAGGGAAAUGGGCCACUCACGCGAUUUUCCAGACUCCGUUUUUAAGGACAAAGCAUACAAGCAGAAAUUUGCAAAGCAUGAACGGGAGUCUAAAGUGGCUGUGCCUUUGCCUCUGCAAGAACUGAUAGAGGAAGAAGUUUUGGCGAUCUUAAAGGCUACGCUGCUCGCUUAUCAGAAAAAACUAGGGGUGAACCACCCCCUCACUGAGCAGAUGGAGGAACAAGUUGACAAACUUCACCUGCAGCUACAAGGAAGGGGAGUCAUCUGAGCCCCGAAUCCAGACUCGGGAGGAUCACCACCCACACUUCUCCAUUUUUCUCGGGGAGGCCCCCCCCCCUGCUUGGUCUCAACUCUGUCACUCCCCCCAAAACUGGGAAGUAAAGAAGUAAAUUUCGCUUUGGUUUGUUAAAUUUCAGCCUCUUUUGUCAAUGAAAGUCUCCCCAUGUUAUGCAAGUGUUUCUCAAGCUUGCCCGCUUAGAGAUGGGUGGACUUCAACUCCCAGGAUUCCCCAGUCAGCAGGCUUUAAGAUGGAUGGACUUCUCCGCCUCCUCCUCCUCCCCCCCCAAAAUCCAACUCCCUUCCAGCACUGAUGAUGUUACCUAGUUGGGCCUUGAAACGUCUAUAAGAAAAGAACCCAGCUCAGAGAACUCCAAGGACCCCACAGUCUUUUUCUUCUUCUUCUUCUUCCUCCUCCUCCUCCUCCUCCUCCCCUUCCCAAAUCCAACUCCCUUCUAGCAUUGAUG